AUGGACCCCCAUAAUCCGAUAGCCCUGCAAUUAAUCGUCCCGGGGUCGAUGCUCGUUUUUCCUCUUUCUUUAGGGGCGUGCGGUAUUCACGCGGGGGAUGCUGCUGUAAUGGCCCGUCUUCCCAAGGCGAUGGCGCUGCACUUUGCCCGACGGAUGGGCGACGUACCUCUUAGCAUUUUGAACCGCCUGUGCGAUAGCAUCGCCCUUACCAAGGGUUCCACCAAUGCCCCCCGUACACCAUGCAACCGCACCCCCUGGCUACCGCCGGUAGCGCGUAGGGGCCGCAGCUUGAGGCACAGCGUUCUCUCUAAUCGAGUCAUUUCGGCGGUGGGCCUCGCUUAG